CAGAUCUGAUUUUCGUAACGAACGAUACUCGCUGAAUUAAGCACGGUAGCACUGGUGCUAACGCGUUUGCGAAAUUGCUCGAACAGAUUUUACAUUCUACGUGUACGCGUGACAGCGAAUUCUGGAGGUGCGGAAGUAUACAUUUCGGUGCGUUAAACGAAGUAAACAAACGAGAGCAGGUAACCGCAGACAGAGGAUAACAGAGGAUAAAAGGGGAGAGAAACACAGAUUGUUCUCACCAUGGAGGCGAUUAAGAAGAAAAUUGCGGCGCUGAAGCAGGAGAUGGACGCCGCCAAUGAGAAAGUCGAGGCGAACGAUGCGAAGGCAAGAUCGGAGAACUUUCGAGCGGAUAAGUUGAAUGACGAUCUAAGGGAUCUGGAGAAGAAGCUGGUUCAGCUCGAGCGUGACUACGAGAUCGCCAAGGCGAAUUUGGAGCAAUCCACCGCUGACUUGGAACAAUGUGAAAAAUCCUGGUCCAAGGCGGAGCAAGAUCGAACCACGUUGACGAAGAAGGUGCAGGAAAUUGAGGCAACGUUGACGAAAAAGGAGGAACUGCGACUUACGGCUCAGUUGAAACUCGGCCGUGCCACGGAGCUUGCCGAUGACGCUCAGAGAAUGUGCAAAGUACUGGAAGACAGAAGUCGAUUGGACGAAGAACGUACGGGAAAAUUGAUGCAAGAAUUGAAAGACGCGAGAUUAAUCGCCGAGGACGCGGACGCCAAGUCCGACGAAAUAUCGAAGAAACUGCAGUUCGUUGAGGAAGAGCUGGAAGGCGCUGAGGAGAGAGUGAAGACCAGCGAGGCGAAAAUCAUCGAGCGAGAGGACGAGCUUUUCAUCGUGCAGAACAUCGUGAAAUCUUUAGAAGUAUCCGAGGAGAAGGCUAAUCAACGGGUGGAAGAAUUCAAAAUACAACUAAAAGAGCUGAAGAAAAAGCUGAGAGAAGCCGAGAAGCGCGCGAUUCAGGCCGAAAGAACGGUGAAGAAGUUGCUGAAGGAGGUCGACAUGAAGGAAGACGAGCUGAGAGAAGAGAAGGAGAAAUACAAGGCGGUUUGCGACGACAUGGACGCCACGUUCGCAGAAAUGACAGGAUACUAAAGCCUCAGAGACGGAUGGAGUUUCUUUUAUUUUGCUACUCUGAGCUUCUUCCGCUUAACCGCUAUAUUUAAUAAUGGACAUCGGUCGGCUGUGUUCAGCUACGCUGACCUUAUAUAGCGCUAAUUUUAUAUAGUGUGCCGUGUUAAAGGGAACGAAUCGAUUUCGAAGCUUCGAACGUUAACUAAGCUAACUUGCGAAAUUGCGCAAUUAACGUGGAAAUUAAAGAGCACACACUGCUAGUUUCUUUCGCUUAAUGUAAUAUCAUUGCUUCAAGCUUGACGCUUUGCCAACGCUUCGCGGAGAUGGUUGAACUGAUGGUGUUGUAAUUGCUUUAGAAAGAAUCGGUUUUCUUCUUUUUUUUUUUUUUUGAUAGUAACCGCAUCACCUAUUUUUCUUUCAGAGACGUUGAAGAGGAUUCGGUGAAUAUGAAAGCAAGCACGAUACUGCAAUCCCCUUUUUAUCAUUGUAUGCCAAAUCUGUAUUUUCAAUAAAUGAUACUUGAAAAAAAAAAGA